ACUCUCAAAGGGGAAACAAAAUGGACGGAGUGGAGUGCAGUGGCUACGUUUAAAAGAUCUUAUUAUUGUGAGAUAAUUUGCAAAUAGUUUGCUUGGAAUCUCAAAAGCUUAAAAUAGACUAUCAAUAUCACAGUUAUUUAGGAUAGUAUAAUCAGAGACUUGUUUUUAUUUGAUUUCUUAUAUUAUUCGGUUUUUUGAAGAAUGGUAUCCAUUUUGUGAUCAAUCGUAUUGUGUGGCGCUUACAAUUAAAAUGGAUGAUCUACUUUAUCCAUGGAAUAUUAAACAUGCUCUUAUUUUAAUUCACUCUUAAGUGAGUGAUGGACUCAUACAAUUUAUUUGGGGAUGAUGGAAGCGGUAUGUUGGAAGGACUUACUGAUCUUGGUGGAUCAGAUAGCUUUGCUGGUAGUUCUGCAUCUGGAGUGACAGACAAUAAAGAUUCAUCAGAAAAUAGUUACAGGCAACCUUAUAAUCCAAAUAGUGUGCAACAAGAAGGAACAAUCCAAAAGCUGGCUUCGUUUGGGGGUGGAAGUGCUACUGGCUUACCUAGUAGUGCCCAACCAGUGCCAAAUCCUGGUACUGGACCUCCUGGGCCUGAAUACCAUGAAUAUGGUAGCUAUCCACCAAGGCCCAGGCUGCCUCAACCACCACAUGGUCCUCUCCAUCCAUCACAUCAUGUGCAUCCAUCACACUCUUAUUCAGGAUAUCAUCCUGGGCCAGAUCCAAUGUAUUCGUUACCUGAACAAGGUAUUGGAGAUAUGGGAGUCUGGGCUGGUGCACCUGGUGCUAAUAGGUACUCGUCUAUUACACCAGGUUACAGACAUUCAUAUGAACAUCAACAAAAGAUGCACCAAUACCCUCCUCAACAGGCUGCUGGGUUAGGCGGUCUGCAACCACAAAAUGGUGCAUACAUUCCAAGACAGCCUCAUUUUCCCCAACCUUCAUCACAACAAAUUUAUGGGCAACAGCAGAACUAUCCAAAUUACACACAAAUGCAUCCUCCCUCUGCAACAAGAAUUACACAACAUCCAGCAUAUCAUCAACAGAUUGAUGUAAAUGCCCAUCAAUAUGGUUUACCACAUAGUCAACAAAGUCAUGGUGGUAUCCAACAACAUCAACCUCAUCAAAAUAUGCCUGGUCAUGCAGGUGGGCUGGGGCCAAGUAUACAAGGACAUCCAAAUCCACACCUCCAUCAUCCUGGAGCACCUCCAUUACAUCAUGUGCCUCGUCAGCCUCAAGGACCAUCUUCUGCUGUUGGUCCCGCACAUGGAGUUCCUUCUCAAAUGCCAUAUGGUUCACCUCAUCAUUCAGUUCCAAUGAAUUAUCAACCCCAUCAGGUGCAACAUCCACUUGAUGUGAAUGUAUCCAACCAAUAUGGCUCUGUAAAACCUAGUGGAAUAGAAACUGGAAGUCCACAAUAUAGGCCACCUUUUCCUCAAUUGUCACCGCAAAUGUCGCCCAGAGCACAAGUUUCACCUAGGCAGCCGCAGUCCCAGUCGCAACUAUCGCCUCGACCUGUAAUGUCACCUGUAAAAGGACCCAGUGCUUCUCCAUUAAGUUCACGUGGUGUUACCCAACCGCCACCAUCGACUGGUCCACCUCCCGUAUCCAGUUCGUUUUCAUCACAAAAUACGCUUCAAGCCCUAGAACAAAUGGUUUUGCCUGGUAGUGGUGAUUAUCCAUUCCAGAGGAAUCCAGCAUCACCAGCUGUAGGCCAUAACGUUAUACCUUCGCCAACUCAGUGGAAUCAAACUAAAAUGGCAACUCCCAUAAGCAAUUCUGUGCCCCUGGAAAGUACAGAACAGCCUGUAAAAACUUUAGAUACGACACCAGUACCAGUAUUAAAACAAGAUUCAGCAAGUCCUGGGCAUAUAACACCACUUGAAAAUAAAAGUGUUGAGAAAAAUCAAACAGAACCUGAGAGGCAAUCAGAAGAUAAAAAUACAUCCCUAAGAUUUAUGACACCACCUAUAGCUAAGGAUUCUAUAGUCGAUAGUCCUAGUAAUACAAUAGCAACUUCUGUGGCAAAUACUCCUACUGUAGCUCCCAUAGAAAAUCAAGACAAAAAAGAAGAUACUUCAAGCAAUCAACAAAACAAUGAAGGAAUAUUUGAACAUUUUGGGUCUGCUAAGGAUGACAAGAGUAAUGACAUUUCUCUUAAUAAAGAGGACAAUAACAUAGAAAUUAAUCAAACUGAAGUGACAAAGCAGCAAAAUGACGAGUUGAUAAGAAGUAAUGCUUCGCAUUUGGCAACAUCUGCUAAAGUAGAUACAACAAACGAUCAACCACAUAGCAGUACACCUACAUCUCAGCAAGGAAAUAUUUCUGUAGCACCACCGACAUUGGCAUCUAACUCAAUUGUAAAUAAAUAUGAGAAUUCUCAGCCUGUAAAUGUAAAUAGAAGUCAAGGAUAUCAGAAUAGUUCCUUUCCAAAUAUGCAAAAUAUCAUACCACAAGCAGUCCCGCCCAACCUCGGACCAAGCAUUCCGUCAAGCAUACAUAGCAAUCAGAAUCUUAACCCUCCAGCAUUUCAAAGUGUUUCACAAUCAAAUGUGCCACCUCCUAUUUCAAAUAAUAUUCAAACAAGUCAUUCAAUACCACAUUCAAAUUUGUCUAAUACUGUGUCCUCAAGUGUCCCUCUUCACACUCAACAAAGUAACAUGAAUAUGAUGCCUUCGCCUGUACCAAAUAUUUUAGGAAAUGUUCCAUCACCGAUUCAUGCACCUCCAAAUAUUGGUACUGCACAACCGAGUCCAGCUGCACCCAUGUCAAAUAUUCAAGUGGGAAUUCCUUUAAAUACGCAAAAUAUGCAUGGGUCUAUGGGUCCUAACAUUCCUCCAAAUCAAGGGAAUGUGUUAUCAAAUGUCCCCCAUAAUAUUAAUCAAAAUAUGAUGAUUAUGAACCCUAAUAGUGUGCCACAUCCGAAUAUGUAUCCGGCAUCUCAUCAUCAAGAAAGAGCAACAUUACAACAACAAAUUCAAGAAAUAUAUUGUCAACCACCUUCAAACGAGAAUCAAGAAAAAGUAAGAUGUUUGCAAGAAAGGUUAUCCAUGCUUCAACAACAUGAAACAGCUGAUAAAUGCAAUGGAGGGCCCAAUUGUAUAUUACAAAAUCCUAUAUAUGGAUCGAAAAUGGUGGAAAGUCCUCAAGUUACUAGUACAACUGGCCGUGGUCGUGGAAAAGCUCCUGCUAAACCAAGAAAACCAAGAGUUAAAAAAGACAAAAUUUCCAGUCUUUCUCAGUCUCUUGACCAGUUACCUGUUUCGGAAGACUGUGUUACGGCAGGCACAGGACUACUUACUAAUUCAGAAUUAGAUGCUGAUGUUACAGGUGAAGAUAUUACCAAUUUAGACAGCAGUCUUCUUUCCGCAGAUGAUAGUAAUGGAAAAGGCAAAAAACCUAGAACACCCAGAAAAGGAAAAGAACGUAAACCACGUACACCUAAAGAACCUAAGGAUGGGAAAGAGAUAGGAGAUAAACCAAUAAAAGAGCGAAAGAAACGGGAACCCAAAGAUCCGAAUGCACCAAAAAGGAAAAGAAAUGUCAAAAAGGGUUUAAAUGAAAUGCAUGCUGAUACUACUACUUGUAACGAUAUUUUAGAUAAAGACAGUUUGGAUAAUAUGAAUGAGCAGAGUUUUAGUAAAAAUUCUAGUAUUAGCGAGAGCGUAAAAAUUCAAACUUUGUCUCAAGAUUUCUCAUCAUUGGAUGAUUCAAAUGUUACUGACUUUGAUGAUAUUCCGGUGUCAAAAAUCGCUAUUAAAGAUUUACUGGAAGAGGCUGAAGCCAAGAAAGAAUUGUCUGAAAAGGAUGACGACUUUGUUGAUUCAAAUCUACGAAAAAAAGCCUCAAAGAAACGAUCAUCUGCUGCAGGAAGUUGUAAGAAAGUUGCGGCCAAAAGAACGCCAAGUGGUAAAAGAAAACGUCGUGGUGGGAUAGUUCCUGAUUCUGACGGAGAACCUGAUGACUUAAUAUCAACACCACCACCCUCGCCUCCGCCAGAGGGUGAUGAUAGCUUAAAGAGGCGGUCAGCUCGAAAUACACAAAGGAAAAAAUAUACCGAUGAUGUGCUAUUGCGUUUAUCAGAUGAUGAGUUUUCAAUGGCAGCCCCUAAACUUGAAAGGGAUUUGGACGACUUAAGUUUUGACACUAAAGAUCCCAAUAGACCAGAAGGAACACCGAAACCGAAUUAUAUGUAUGUUAAUACAACUGAGGAAGAUUCUAUGAUCGUUCAGCAUGUAUUAGCAUCUCGAAUGGGAAAGAGGGAAAUGAAAAACGAACCAUUAUUGGGAGAGAAAAUUUUACCUCAGGGUAAAGAAGAAUCUGAACAAAAAGCUAAUGAAAAUGAAGAUGAAAACAUAGAAAAUCAAACUGAUGAGGAUAUUAAAUCGAAAGAUAUUAAAGAAACCGAAAAUAUCCAAGAAGUAAAUGAGGAAACUCCAAAUGAAAGUUCAGAAACAAAAGAAGCAAAUAAAAGUAAUGGAGAAAAUAAGCAACAAGAAAAUGUUGAAAAUAAAAAUUCAAAGCCAGUGAUGGUGGAUGUGGAAGAAUAUUUUGUGAAAUAUAGAAACUUUUCAUAUUUACAUUGUGAAUGGAAAACUGAAGAAGAGUUAUAUAAAGGCGAUAAAAGGAUUUUUUCCAAAAUUAAACGUUUUAAGCAAAAACAAGCUCAACAAUUGAAUAUAUUUGAUUUACUAGACGAUGAACCGUUUAACCCCGACUAUGUAGAAGUGGAAAGGAUUUUAGAUAUGUCAGAAAUUCAAGACCCUGCUAAUAACACCGUUGUAAAACAUUACCUGGUCAAAUGGAAAAGUUUACAAUAUGAAGAUAGCACUUGGGAACUCGAAGAAGACAUAGACGUUGAUAAAAUCAAACAAUACAAAAUAUUUAGUGCAAUUCCACCAAAAGAAAAAUGGAAAUUUAAGAAAAGGCCUUGUGCCGAUCAAUGGUGUCAAUUGAAAGAUUCUCCUUUAUAUAAAGGCGGCAAUACAUUACGACCUUAUCAGUUGGAGGGUUUGAAUUGGUUGUUAUUUUCCUGGCAUAAUAACCGAAAUUGUAUAUUAGCUGACGAGAUGGGUCUUGGAAAGACUAUACAAAGUCUAACGUUUGUUAAUUCUGUGUGGGAAUAUGGAAUAAGAGGGCCUUUCCUUAUAAUAGCGCCUUUGUCCACUAUUCCUAAUUGGCAAAGAGAAUUUGAAGGGUGGACUGAAAUGAAUGUUGUCGUAUAUCAUGGAUCUCAGCCAAGUAAAAGCAUGAUUCAAGAGUAUGAAUUCUAUUAUAAAAAUGAAAAAGGUGAACCUAUUAAGGAGAUAACGAAGUUUAAUGUCCUGAUAACUACUUUUGAAAUAAUAGUUACUGAUUUUCAAGAACUGAAAUCAUUCAACUGGCGCCUUUGUGUUAUUGACGAAGCUCAUCGACUUAAAAAUCGAAACUGUAAACUGUUAGAAGGAUUGCGACAACUACAUUUGGAACAUCGUGUUUUACUCUCGGGAACUCCUCUACAAAACAAUGUCAAUGAGCUAUUUUCAUUACUUAAUUUCUUGGAGCCGUCACAGUUUUCAAGUAGUGAAGCUUUCUUAAACGAAUUCGGACAACUUAAAACGGAAUCAGAAGUAGUUAAAUUACAAGCGCUUUUGAAGCCAAUGAUGUUACGACGUCUAAAAGAAGAUGUUGAAAAAACGUUAGCGCCAAAGGAAGAAACUAUUAUAGAAGUAGAAUUAACCAACAUUCAAAAGAAAUACUAUCGAGCUAUACUCGAGAGAAAUUUCAGCUUUUUGCAAAAAGGAGCAGCGUCAGCUGCGAACAUUCCUAAUUUGAUGAACACAAUGAUGGAGCUUCGGAAGUGUUGUAUUCAUCCAUAUCUUCUAAACGGUGCCGAAGAUCAAAUUCAAUUUGAUUAUAAACAAGCCAAUGGUGAAGAUAAAGAAGCGUAUUACAAAGCUAUUAUUCAUUCAUCUGGUAAAAUGGUUUUAGUUGACAAAUUGUUGCCAAAACUGAAAGCUGGAGGACAUCGUGUUUUAAUAUUCAGUCAAAUGGUACGAUGUCUAGAUAUUUUAGAAGAUUAUCUUGUGUUUAGAAAAUAUCCUUAUGAAAGAAUCGAUGGCCGAAUUAGAGGCAAUUUACGUCAAGAAGCUAUAGAUCGAUUUUCAAAGCCGGACUCUGAUAGGUUUGUUUUUCUUUUAUGUACCAAAGCUGGAGGUCUCGGAAUUAAUUUAACUGCUGCGGACACUGUUAUUAUAUAUGAUAGUGACUGGAAUCCGCAAAAUGAUUUACAAGCGCAAGCCCGUUGUCACCGCAUAGGACAACAGAAGAUGGUUAAAAUAUAUCGAUUGAUAUGUAGAAAUACCUAUGAAAGAGAAAUGUUUGAUAAAGCUUCUUUAAAAUUAGGACUCGAUAAAGCUAUUUUACAAAGUAUGAAUACUUCUCAAGGAAAAGAAACAGGCUUGAAACAAUUGUCGAAAAAAGAAAUCGAGGAUCUUUUAAAGAAAGGUGCUUACGGCGCCGUUAUGGAUGAAGAUAAUGCUGGUGAUAAAUUUUGCGAGGAAGACAUCGAAAUGAUUUUGGCUCGCAGGACGCAAGUUAUUCAAAUGGAAUCUGAAAAAGGGUCUACAUUUUCUAAAGCAAGUUUUGCAGCUACAGAUCAAAGAUCAGACAUUGAUAUAAGGGAUCCAGAUUUUUGGAAUAAGUGGGCAAAGAAAGCUGAGAUUGAUACGACGGAAAAGAAAGAAGAUGAAGAUUUAAUAGUUACGGAACCUAGGAAAAGGACUAUUAUUAAAAGAUACGGACAUGAUGAUGGUCCCAUGGAAAUGUCCGACAUGGAGGUUACGCCGGAUUCAGAAGACGACGAAGAAGGUAUAAGCCUUAGAAGUAAAAGGAAGAAAGAAAAGCUGGGCAGGAAAGGUCGGCGCUAUGCCAGUGAUGAAUAUGUGCCACGCCAUGAAGGUUUAUCAAUUGAUGACGAAGUGGUUUAUGGCUCUUGGACUAGAUCUGAAUGUUUUAAGAUUGAACGUGGUCUACUUACAUUUGGAUGGGCGCGGUGGGAAGAGAUUCUGGAAAGGAAUCAAUUUAGAAAAGGAUGGAGCUCACCUGUCAUAGAAGAUUGUGCACGCAUUAUUGUUCUGUAUUGUUUGCGCCAUUACAAAGGUGAUGAAAAGAUAAGGAAUUUCAUUUGGGACCUCAUUGAACCAUGUGAGAAUGGUGAAGUUACAAUCUCAAGAAAUCAUAGUGGCUUACAUAACCCCGUCCCACGCGGCAGGAAUGCUAAGAAGAAAAACAGAAUGAAGGACAUACCAAAGGCUCACGACACACAGAAAUGGGAGGAUUUGAAUCAUUGGAGCUCGAUUGAUAAAUACGAUUGUGAGGUGUACUUGGAAAAUAGUUACAAAAAACAUUUAUUUAGACACGCUAACAAAGUUUUACUGCGAGUUCGUAUGAUGUAUUAUAUAAAACACGAAGUUAUUGGGGACUACGCUCUACAAAUAGAAAGUGGAACUCAUGCAAGCUCGAUGGGUAUGCGAGUGCCCCGCGGUGUAGACAGUGCCCCCCCUCGCUUGUGGUGGGACACCGAGUGCGACGUAUCGCUACUCGUGGGUACAUACAAACACGGCUACGAAAACUACCUCGCCAUGCGUUCUGACCCACAAUUGUGCUAUGUAGACAAGUUGGGUCCCCCCGAUGACGCUGAAUGUACAGACAUAAAAUUGGAGGAACGUAAGGUGCUCGGCAGCGCAGCCGGUGACGAGGAAUGUACGGAUGAAUUAUCGAGUGGAGCGGGGGCCGUGUCGCCCGCCGCCUCGCCCUCCUCGCCGCAUGGUGACGACGACGGGCCCACGGCUACACAUCUGUGGCCCUCAAUGCAGGACCUCAACACCCGCUUACGAAGACUCAUCACGGCAUAUCAGCGCAAUUACAAACGGGAGGAACUCAAGUUGCAGCAGAGAGCUAAAAUGGAACGUCGCGAACGUAUGGAUCAACUUGCUCGAGAUGAAAUGUCUCAAUGGCGUUGGUCCCGCGCAGAUGAGGAAGCUUUUAGACGAACAGUUGCAUCUUAUGGCGUGGAAUUCGAUCCGGCAACAAAAAGUUUACGGUGGAGUCGGUUUAGAUCGCUGGCUCGACUGGAAUCUAAGAGUGAUGAUGCGCUAACAGAUUACCUCAAAGCUUUUAUGGCAAUGUGUAAGCGACAAUGUGGACUGUCGGUUGGGGAGGCUGAAUUGCCUACAAGGGCAGACUUGAAAGCGGAACCUAUCGGUGAAGAACGUGCCAUCGCAACGUUGGAGAGGAUUGACUUACUUCGCGUUCUGCGCGAGGAAGUCGCUCCGCAUCCCGCACUGGAGGCCCGUUUAGCGUUGUGCGAGCGCUCUCUAGACGCACCAGCCUGGUGGCAGCCCGCCAGACAUGAUAAACUACUUGUAUUGGGCGUCUGCAAACAUGGAUUAGGAGAUACAUAUAACAAACUAUUCUGCGAUCCCAAACUACCAUUUGCUGAUUGUGCCAGAAAAUGGUAUGGUAAAUACAAAGGAAUAUCGACUUCGAAAGUAGAAAAUCCAAAACCAACGACGCCAGCAGCCACACAAUUAACAACUUCUGAUGAUGAGGAUAAAAGUACAACCGAAAGUACUUCUGAACCUAGAAUGUCAUUGAGACGAAGUAAGCGAACAUCUAACGCACUGGAUCGUGACGCUGAUGAUGAUACAGAUGCCCUGUCGGAGCUUGAGACUCUUGCCAAAUUAGGAAGGAUUGAUGAGACAUUGACACCAGAACAUUGGUUUACAGAGAGAGCUCUUGAAACCCGAUUACAUCACAUUGCUCAUGCCGUUCAAAAUUGCGAGUGGCCCUCCGCAACGGCUGCAAGCGUUUCCAAAGUUGGUGAUUCUGGAGUGACACAAUCAGAGUCGGAAGAUCGCAAGCAGAGUCAAAAGCGACAUAUAGCCAUUGACGUUGAAACCGAACGUGCAAAAUUACACGCGUUACUAUCGUCACCACAGGCAGCUCACACGGCUUCUCGUGAGGCUCACCGAGUUCCACCUACUAUGGGCGAACGUGAUGAUGCUUCCAGCGACUCUGGUUCCCGUAGGUCAACGCCCGCUCCACCGCCGGCACAUCAAAGGGUGGCACCCUCACCUGCUCCAACUGCUCAAGCAGCACCUUCACCAGCCUCUUCCACGCCCGUAGAUCUCUCCGCACCAUUGGACUUAAGUGAAGCCCAAGAUUUCUCAAUGGGACGAAGAACUCCGCAAGCGGACGCCUCCACUACAUGUGUGCCUGUUAGGAGUAGGCUUGACGAUACUCUUUCGAAGCUUAUGAAAAGGAAAAAUGUGCCUGCACCUGAACAAAUAGUGGGUAAAGAGAAGAAGAGAAAGAAGUUGGAUGAGAUAGUUUUAGGAUUAUCAGCGGCUAAGGGAAAAAGUCCGAGUUCGGCACUACCGUUUGAGACUCCGCGUAGUAAGAGUUCAACAGUAUUACCCGAGGUAACGGUAACGCCGGCUGCUCCGCCUAGCACUUCUAAUCCGCCGCCUGCACAGAAACCAUUCUCGGUUACUGUAACGAAUGUACCGUCUCCACAUUCAUCUUCAAAAGAAUUAUCUUCAUUUUUGCAACAGUCUCUUGAACAGAGUAAUAAAAAUCAAAAAGCACCCUCAACAUCUUCAACGCCCAAACCUUAUUCACACGAGGCCAAAGUUAAUAAAUGGCUAGCUGAACAGACUAAUGUUGACACAAGGAGACGUGGACUGCCACCUCGUCUUGCUCCAGAUGAACAUGUACCUGUUGUUCAUAGAGUAACAGGGAAAAGAUUAAUUGGACACAAAGCACCUCAACUGAAACAUCUAGCUCAAUGGAUCGCUGAAAACCCUAUGUAUGAUAUAGAUUCAAAAUGGACCGAGGGAAUAAAAGAACACGUAAAACUUCCACAAGACGUUAGAAACCCUAGACAUUCUCCGAUGCAACAAACAAAUACCGCACCUGAACGUAAAAAAGGCAGACCACCUACUCUUGACUCAACAUCUACUAAUAUACUUUCUUCUAACGCACAUUUAAAUCAAAACCUCGCAGGCUUAAACCCUACACUUCUUGCUAGCUUGUCAAGUUUAAGUGCUUUUGAUCCAAAAACAUUGGCUGCGACUUUAUCUAACUUAACUAGUUUUGACCCUAAGUUAUUAUCGAGUCUCAGUAGUUUUGACCCUAAAAAUAAUCCUUUGUUGAAUUCCUUUAGCAGUAUGCCAAAUCUGCUUGGAAAUAUAACAGGUGGAAAUAUAUUCGCAAACUUAGCUGGCUUGGGAUUACCAGGUUUUCCAUCGUUAGAUAUGAAUAGUCUUGGUGGCACUUCUACAGAGAGUAAAUCGAAAACACGAAAACCAGCGGAAUCUGCAAGUACUUCGACGUCAAAAUCGGCUAAUUCACAAUUUCCCUUUGUUUUCCCUAAUCCUAAUAUGCUUUAUCCUCAAUUAGGGCUUAGCGGCCUAUCACCUUUCGGAGUCCAUUCUGGCAUGUCCUCUGCAUAUGAUGCACUAGGAUUAUUAAGUGGCAAUUUGGCUGCCAGUUCUGGCUCUUCUACAAUGCACGGAUCAACUCAUUCUCGUAGCUCUACGAAGACCACCGCCCCUCGGUCAUCGACGGUUGUGACGAACUCUUCGUCAUCUCGUCAACAAAAAGUAUCUGACCGUACCCAAUCCAGUCACUUGCCACAAAUCCUUUUACCACCGGACCCCUACUUGUUGGAAUCAUUAUCCAAACAAAAUCUCAACUACGAGGCAGCAAUGAAAGGUGAUAGGAGAACACGUGAGGCUGAUAAUAAUGAUACAGGAGCAACCGAUUUAUCUAAAACAGAUAAGAAAAAAGUCCCUUUUGAUACAGCGCGAUCUCAAAUGCCACCGGAGUUUGCAGCUGUUCAAGAGAAACUGCUAAAAGGUGACAAAAAAGAUAUUGAUAUAAGUAAAAUGCUAUUGGAACAAAUGGCAUCAGGAGCAUUAAGUGCAAGUCUUGUUAGUUCGAAUGAAGCGAAAAAGGGAAAAGAUAUAGACAAAGAAUCGUACGAGAAACUUGUAAAAUCAGAUUACAUGAGAAUGACUAGUGACGAAAGUAGUACAAGUGCUCACAAAAGAACUAUUGACGAAAUAAGUAAUGAACCAGAGAACUUAGCUUUGCAAUCAACGCCGAAGAAGGUAAAAGAUAACUCGGCAGAAGCUAUUAAGCCUAUUGAUAAACCGAGUGACGCACAUACUGGAGAAAUGGAUUUAGAGGACUUGAUUGCACCAUCGACGGUUAUUAAAACAGGAAUGAAAGCGAGUGAUUUUGAUAUGAACCGCCCAACUGAUGGUUCUGGUCCCUUGAUGACAACGUCCAGUGAAAGGGACGAAAAAGCCCAACAAAGAAUCCAAAGUCCCUCUGAUGUUGAUAUUCAAGCUGAAAAUGUUCAAAAACAUGAAUCCAACAACAUUAUAGACACUGACAGUAAGGACGACACUUCCAUCGAUGAUGGACAUGGCUUAGGCGAUGCAUCUGGUAGUGACUUUGGGCGAAGAGCGAAUAGGAAAAAAGGGCGCAAAUCCUCCGAAGAAUCCUAUGGACCGCGACGUGAGUUGAGGUCCAGCACCGGACGACAGUCAACAGACUCAAAUAACUAGAUGCAAUUUUUUUUAUUUAUUGUGCACCUAAAACUUUUAAAGAUAAAAUACCGCGUUCGCAAAACGAGCAGUAAAAAUGAUUCCUAAUUAAAUUUCUUGUAUUGUUUGUGAAAUUGUAUACAUUUAUCAUUUUAAUUAUUUGUGAACUGAUGAAUAUCAAUGUUGUAAUUUUAUUUUAACUUUGGACGGUUUAUUUUACUAAAUAUGAAUAUGAAAAUUUUUAAUUGGCGAAGUAACAAGUAGAGUACAGUUGGUUCUGAAUAUAAAAUAAAAUGUAAAAAAUUUAUAACCAACAGUAUAAUAAUUUGUGAUUGACGAUGUUGUGUAUAUUAUUACAAGAAGACUGCUACUUCAAAAAACUCAUUUAACUCGAAAAAUUGUAUAUUUUCUCAAUAUUUUAAAACAUUAACCUGUCAAGCUAUUGAGGACUACUAAAUAAUGUUAAUGAUCAAUGAAUGAUGACACUUGUGUGUCUUAUUUACGUAUAUUUACUCUUCCAUGCAAAUGGUUUUUUUUAUAGUAGAAAUACAAACAGAAGUAUUCACUUCAUCGAUCUCGGGAAGGUAAGCAAAAUGAUGUUAUAGACAACAGUAGACUUUGACUCAUACUGCAUUCUGUUAUGUAAGAUUAGGUGUAAGGAUAAUAUUAUAGUAUUGUAAGAAUAUAUAGAAAUACAGUAAGAAUCAUAAAAUUCAAAAUAAUUGUAGGUUUUAGGAGUAACAGCAAUUAUUUACGGCAUCAUUUCUUUAUAUGUUCUUUUUGUAAGGGAAAUGCUGAAUGUGAUAAAAUUAUUUAUUACAUGUAUUCUUUAUUACUUUGCAUUGCUGUAAUAUUAACGAAUGUAGAUAAUAUCAAAUAAAAAUCAUGCAAAUAAAAACUGGUAAUUUAAAAA